GAGUGCAAUAGUUCAGUUUUCGACGUUGAACAGCUCGGUUUACAACACGUGUUUAUACUUAUUUGCAAGGUGAUUUAUAUGUAAUUAUCCCGCGGUGAUAAUAGUUGUGAGACGACAAACACCAAAUAGUUUGUGUUAAGUUAAGACUAGAAAGUUGUAGUAGAAAUAUCCUACAAUAGCACGGGAUGCCGAAUUCAACGUUGGAAGCGUCGCCCAAUGCGGCAUUGAAUAAGACAAUCCUGCCAAAGUAUAUGGACCUGCCAAUUCCGGAAGGCAAAAUUCAGGCCAUGUACGUUUGGGUGGAUGGAACGGGAGAAAAUGUUAGAGCGAAAACCAGAACGUUGGAUUUCAUCCCCAAGGAUCCCAGUGACCUUCCAAUUUGGAAUUACGACGGUAGUUCCUGUUACCAAGCCGAAGGAGGCAACUCGGACAUGUAUUUGUAUCCGGUAGCAAUCUUUAAUGAUCCUUUCCGUAGAGGAAACAACAAAUUGGUUCUUUGCGAUACGUACAAAGCCAACGGAAAACCAGCAGAUCCUGUAAACCAUAACGGGCACUAUUACACAGAUACCAACAAAAGACAUUCAUGUCUAAAGGCUAUGGAGGCAGCGAAAGAUCACGAACCCUGGUUUGGAAUAGAACAAGAGUACACACUCUUGGAUAUGGAUUUGAGGCCUUUGGGUUGGCCGAAAAAUGGUUUUCCCGGACCGCAAGGGCCAUAUUAUUGUGGCGUGGGUGCCAACAAAGUUUACGCUAGAGAUAUCGUUGAAGCCCACUACAGAGCAUGUCUCUACGCUGGAGUUAAUAUUGCUGGUAGUAAUGCAGAAGUUAUGCCAGCACAAUGGGAAUACCAAGUAGGUCCAUGCGAAGGAAUCAGUAUUGGUGACCAACUGUGGAUGUCAAGAUUUAUCCUUCAUCGCGUCGCUGAAGAAUUUGGAGUUGUCGCAACUUUAGAUCCAAAACCAAUGCCUGGAGAUUGGAACGGAGCCGGAGCUCACACUAAUUUCUCCACGAAAGCAAUGAGAGAUGAAAAUGGCAUCAUCGAAAUUGAGAAGGCUAUCGACAAAUUGAGCAGAAACCACCUGAGACAUAUCCAGGCCUACGAUCCAAAAGGUGGAAAGGACAACGAACGUCGUCUCACCGGAAGACACGAAACAUCUUCGAUCCAUGACUUCAGCGCCGGUGUUGCAAAUCGUGGUGCAAGUAUUCGUAUUCCACGUGGAUGUGCCGAGCAGAAAAAAGGUUACCUAGAAGACAGAAGGCCAUCGUCCAACUGUGAUCCAUACUCCGUUUGCGAAGCUUUAGUCAGAACUUGUAUAUUAAACGAAUAAUGAAAAUCGAAGCGUUACUGUGUUCCUGGGCGAAUACGCAGUGCCGUUUUAUCAAUUAUUAUGAUAUUCUUUUCUCUCUUAUUAAGAUGUAAAUUAUUUCUUCUCUUUUAAUAACGAUUUAAUCGGUAGCUAAAAUCGGUAAUUUUUUUGAGUAUUAGGUAAGGGUUAGAAUGUAUUGAGUUGCUAUAAAAAAUGAUAAAAACUUGAUAAAACGUUACUGUAUAUACAUAAGCCCAACCGGUAUUCUUAUUUCCAAUAUCAAACAGAAAAAAAACCUAUAUACAUAUUAUAUUUACUGUUAUUAAUAUGAAUUGUAUAAUUAUUAUAGUUAAAUGUAAACGAAAGAGGAGGUAAUACAUAAUCAUAUUUUUACCAUUAGUUUAUAGAUUUCUUAGUUUUUUAGUUAGUUAAUUAGUUUUAUACUACUGAUAACACAAUUAUUAUUAUACACAAAUAUACACGUAAUACAAAAAAGAGAACACGAGCUGA